CAAAAUGGCUACCCAUAGAAGUCAUUCUGCAAAAAGUGAUCUCCCAGGAUGCUAAAGAAAUAAAACACUGUGGCUCAGAAAGAUGGAUGGUGAAGAGCCUGUUGCUCGCCCCAAGACUGGUAAGAGGGAGCGACCAUACAGCGUGUCAAAGGAUGAGGCAUAUGCACGCAUGUUGCAGAAUGAAGAGGAAUCCUCAUUUUUGACAUCAGAUGAAGAAUUUGCAAGGCAACUCCAAGACGAAUUGAAUAUGGAAGAGAGAAGAAAAAUACGGGAAUCGAUGGGUAAUCGUCCGGCCAUGCGAGCCAUGACCCCCAUCACACAACUCUUCAGCUCCCUGGUCAGCUCCAGAUGGAACAACAUGGGGGAGGAUAGUGAAAAUGAAAAUGAAUUGGAGGAGAAUGACAACAGUGAUUCAGAUUCUGUUGUAUCAGCUGCAACAGCAUCCACAGCUGGUACUGCUAGCACCACUGCGGCGGCGAGUGGGACAGAUAGACGGGGAUCUAUGACAACGACAUCACCGCGAUCAGGGGCAGCAACCAGGGCAAGGAAACGGGGCACCACAAGGUCCAACAGAGGCUUACAUGGAAUGCGUCCCAUGGAGACACAAGUGAUUGAAAGGCCAGCAGCGGCAGUAGUACCAAGGGGAAGGGGCACAACACGUGGGUCAAAUAGGGGUCGACAAGGUCAAAUGACAAGUAGAGGUGCCACAGCAGCUGUGAGAGGGAGGCGGACCAGUGCAGAUAAUGAGUCGGGAGAAACCAGGAUCACUGGGAAUAGAAGGUCUAUACCAAGGACCAUGGACCCUACAGCUCCUCCUUUAUCCCUUGCCAUCAAUCAGCCAGAGCUUCCAGAUGGAGAGAUGGAGCCAGAAAUACUUAUACUAGACAGGAGUGCAUCUGAUGAUCCAGAUAACAGAUAUGUACACAUAAUGAGGGACCCCAUGCUCCUGCUGCUGCUCCUAAUGGGGAGGGCACCACACAUGAUGGUUCCGGAUGACAUAGACGCCAAUGAUUAUGAGUCCCUCUGGCAGCUAGCUGAAGAACUUGGGGAGGUGAAGAAUCGUGGGCUAGGGGACAAGGACCUGAGGUCCCUGCCUUGUAAGCAGUACAACAAACGAACAAAGGUUUCUAGGGACGGGGAACACCUGGGGGAGUGUCGGGUGUGCCUCAACGCCUACACAGCAGGCGACAGUGUCUGUACACUUCCCUGUCAGGGCAAACAUGAGUUCCACGAAAAGUGUGUCAAAGAGUGGCUAAAGCGAAACGCCUCCUGUCCUAUUUGUCGAUUUGAGCUGAAGAAGAGUUAGCGUUGGGGACAAGGAUUGCAAAAUGGACAUUUGCUCUGUUGCUGUCAACACAGAAAAAAGUAUUUGUUACUAGGUUUGCCAAAAUUUAGAAAUGAUUUUGAAGUGAGUCCAUUGAAAUUAAUGAGUUGUCUAUUGUUAAUAGUAAAUACUGGUACAUGUAAAUGUAUGUAAACAUUUUUUUUUUUCAGAAUCUGAUGAUCUUUUACGUGAGCUAUUGGGUAUACACUGUUUGUACAUUCCUGCAUGUAGUUUACAUUUUUAAUGUCACUUUAUCAUAAACUCGGGAUUGUAUAAAUUGUAAUAAUAUACAUUUAAAUGAAUUUUGGAAGAGUGACAUCACAAAUACAUAGGAUAAGGGCAUGACUGUUUGUGCUUUCAUUUUAUUUUACAUCAUUACUGAUUUACUCAAUAUGAUCAUGCAUGAGCUGGUUGAGAAUAUGAUAAAAAUAAUCUCAAACUAGGUUUCAAUUUAAUCAGACUUUUAUGAAAAUUACUGAAGCUUGUUUUAUAAAAUUCGUAUAAAAUGGAGACUUGUCAUUAUCAACUACAUAAACUUUCGUUAGGAAUUUUAUUAUAAGAGUUAUAUAGUUUGGUAUCAGAGUGAUUUUAAGGGUGCUAUAUUUGACCUUAGCCCCUUUAACACUGAUUAAAUUCAAAUUACCCUGAUUAGCAUGAAGUGUAUGAUACAGGUCUAUCGGAGCAUAUCUAUUAUAAUUAAAAGUCGAAACUGUAGGUUUGAUAUAUUAUUUUGAAAAAAAUCGUAUCUAGCCUUACAGUUACUGUGAAAUUUUUAAUUUUCGUGGGGUUUUUCAUUUUGUUGAUUUUGUGGGUAAUUUUCAUCCACAAAUUCAUAGGUCUACAUAGUAAUUACAAGUUUGAUGUUAAGUAAUUCUCUGUUUGAGUGGGUAUUUGUAAUCCACAAAUUUAUACAUACCCAUAAAAUGAUGUUUUAUUUGGAAACCACGACAUUUAGGCCCCAUGAAAAUAUCUGAUUUCACAGUACUGUGGUAGGUUUGUAUCAAAGUGAGUAGCAUUAUGAAUCAUUGCUGUGGGUGUUAUUUUUACACUGUAUACAAUGUAAUUUAAGGGUAUUUUGUAUGUACCAGUGUUUGUAACAAAGUAUUUAAUAUAUAUGUAAUAAUCUAAUCUGUUGUGUUCAUGUGUAAUAUGAUGUAAGUUAUAUAGUAUAUGUUAUCAUUGGUAUAUUUGUUAUUUUAAAAUGCUUCAUUUAUUAUGUGAAAGCAUUCCUCUUUAUGAUUAAGGUAUUAUUAAAUUUUCCCUUUUUGUGAUAUCUACUCAAGAAGAUGAAAAUGUUGAUUGUAAAAUGUAUUUUUGUAAAACUAAUUCCAUGCCUCAGACCAAUAAGAUUUCCUUGCAUUACUGAUUUUUUUUUUAAAAUCUUUACUUCAAUAAAUAUCAUUUGAUUUACCUUGUAUGAUUUUUGGUGACUUUUAUAAAAAAAAAACAACAUUUUUCCGUCCAUGAUUAGUAUCAAGUACAGUUGUGUAUAUUAUUAAAUGAAUUCUAUUAAAUUAUAUAUAUAUUCAGUAUUGAUUACAUACCUAGUAUAAUCUUGCUAAAAUGAAUGUUUUAUUGAUUUUGAUACAUAUUGAUACAUACCUAAUAUAAUGUGUCUAAAAGUGAAUGCUUUAUUGAUUUCUUUAGUAGAUCCUCCAUCCAUGCUUUACCCUCUCUAUGCAGGGUGAUGGUUGUGAUAUGGUAGAUGGUUUAGUUUGAUAUUUCAAUACUACAUCAAGUUAGAGAUAUUUUGUGAUGACUUUCUUCUUUGAAACGGUUAGAUACCCAUGCUUUUAAGACUUAAGGAUCCCUGUCCCACUGCACUGUGGUGUCUAUAACAUUCUCAAGUCCAGGGUUCAAAUUCCAGUCUGGCCCCCACAGAAUAUUUUACACUCAUGAGAAGUUUGUUGAUUAUAUUUUGUUCUUUCAUAAAAGUCCCGCAAGGUAUACGUUUCUUUUCAAAAAUGAUUUAUCAAAUCUAUAGUCAUGCCGGAAAAAACAUUUUCAAUGGCAUAUUUUCAAUUUUUGACAUUGGUAGGGGGACCCUUAAGUCUUCUCAACAGCAAAGGUUAUAGUAAAACAGAGUAUGUUUUAUCAUACAGUCUAUACAGGUAGCUAUUGGGUUAUAGGCAUGUUAUACAAUAAAACCUGUUUAAUCUGACCAUUGCAUAUUCUAACAUCUUGUCCAAUCUGACAUCAAGAUGUUAUCCUCUUUCUAAUGAAAAUUUCGUAAAAUAAUACCUGUGUAUUCUGACAUCCUGUUAAUAAUUAGAUAAAUACGUCCAACAGGGUGUCAUUCAACCUCGAUAUCCAGGGGUUACGCUUACUUUCGCUCUCUACACCCCUAGAAUAUGUCAUAGCAAAAUUGAAGGCCCAGU